UCGGAAAGGGUGCCAUUGUUCCUCAUCUUUCGAUCUCAGCCGUUCAUUUCUCUGUUUUACUGCGUCUUUCUCUUCUUUUUCUCUCUCUCGCUUUGUUCUUUCACUACGUCUCGGGUUCUCUCAGAUCUCGAGCUAGGGUUAGGGUUUUUGUCUCGCGAUGAUGGGAGGCAGGCGGAUUGCCCCGCUACUUGCUCUGGUACUGAUCGCUUGCCUCGCAUUUCAACUACACGCUUCGGAUCCGUUGUUUUAUGAGUCGUUUGAUGAGUCUUUCGAAGGGCGGUGGAUCGUGUCUAACAAGGAUGAUUACCAAGGUAUCUGGAAGCACUCUAAGAGCGAGGGGCAUGAAGAUUAUGGCCUUCUUGUGAGUGAUAAGGCCAGGAAGUACGCUAUUGUAAAAGAAUUAGAUGAGCCAGUAAAGCUUAAGGAUGGAACCAUUGUUCUACAGUUUGAAACACGACUCCAGAAUGGUCUUGAAUGUGGAGGGGCAUACAUUAAGUAUCUCCGACCUCAGGAUGCUGGAUGGGUACCUAAGGAGUUUGAUAAUGAGUCCCCCUACUCGAUCAUGUUUGGUCCUGAUAAAUGUGGGUCCACGAACAAGGUUCAUUUCAUCCUCAAUCACAAGAAUCCAAAGACUGGGAAAUUUGUUGAGCAUCAUCUUAAGUAUCCACCAUCUGUCCCAUCUGACAAGCUGACUCAUGUCUACACAGCUAUUUUGAAACCUAACAAUGAGUUGCAAAUUUUGAUUGAUGGGGAGGAGAAGAAGAAAGCAAACUUCUUGUCAGCUGAUGACUUUGAGCCAGCACUUAUCCCACCGGAAACCAUUCCUGAUCCAGAUGAUAAGAAGCCUGAGGAUUGGGAUGAGAGAGCUAAAAUUCCUGACCCUGAUGCAGUGAAGCCUGAGGAUUGGGAUGAAGAUGCUCCCAUGGAAAUUGAAGAUGAGGAUGCUGUCAAACCUGAGGGAUGGUUGGAUGAUGAGCCUGAGGAUAUUGAUGAUCCUGAAGCCACAAAACCGGAAGAUUGGGAUGAUGACGAGGAUGGGGAAUGGGAGGCUCCUAAAAUUGACAACCCUAAGUGUGAGGAAGCACCUGGCUGUGGUGAGUGGAAGAGGCCAACAAAGAGGAAUCCGGCCUACAAGGGGAAGUGGUAUGCACCUAUGAUUGACAACCCAAGCUACAAAGGCAUCUGGAAACCACAGCAGAUACCUAACCCUGACUAUUUUGAACUUGACAAACCUGAUUUUGAGCCUAUCGCUGCUAUUGGCAUUGAGAUCUGGACCAUGCAGGAUGGCAUUUUGUUUGACAAUAUUUUGAUAGCUAGUGAUGAGAAGAAGGCUGAGUCUUACAGGGAUGAAAAGUGGAAGCCAAAAUACACCAGUGAAAAGGAAAAGCAGAAGGCUGAUGAUGCAGCUUCUGGUUCAGAUGGACUUUCAAGCUUUCAGAAGAAGGUAUUUGAUGUUCUUUACAAAGUUGCCAACAUUCCUUUCUUGGAAGCAUACAAGAUCAAGAUCAUUGAUGUCCUUGAGAAAGGAGAAAAACAGCCAAACCUGACCAUCGGAAUCCUGGUAUCCAUUGUGGUGGUGUUCUUGACAAUCAUCUUCAAGAUUCUCUUCGGGGGGAAACGGGCAGUGGCACCUGCUAACCCGCCUUCUGAAACCAAGACGGUAGAUGCUCCAGAGAGCAGUGAAGGAAAGGAAGAAACCGAGAAAGAAGAGAAGGAAGAUGGAGCGGCAGCACGCCCCCGGAGGCCCCGGCGUGAGACAUAGUGUAGACAAGGGUUGAUAGUUUUUGAGUCUGGUCUGUAUUCUUAUUUCCAAGGAUUUUGAGAGUUUUUUAUUUUGCCUGGCCGUGAACCAUCCAUCUCCAGAAACCUUUUUCAUCAUAUCUUUUUAUCUGUUGACAUUUUAGCAGCCUGAAAAUAGAAAUUGUUUUUGUCCUGCCUUAAUAUUGAACUUAACAAGGCCACUUUCACGCGUGCUAGCAACUGGAGUUGUGAUUUCAGUAAUUUA